UGAAAGACUGCAGGCAGUGAUUGGUAUAAUGGUGGGUGGAGGUUUUUAUCCCACAAAGAAAAGAAAAGAAAGCAAUGUUCUCUGGUCUACCUUGGCCUAUGGCCCACUGCAGGCUCACACGCACUACACGCCUAUCCGGAGUAAUGCUGAGACUCUGAUGAGAGGCGGAGCUGAGGUGGCAGCGAUUAUAAAUGAAAAAAAAAAAAGUAACAAACGCCCAUGUGUUAGUGAUUUCAUACGUCUUGGGAACUUCAGUGAAAGAAGCGGGAACUCGGGGAAGCUGAUAAACCCCGCAGACAGAGCGACCGCCGGUUCCCCGGGGGCGGGGUGUAUGGUUCUCCGACGCUCGGAUUCAGUAGUAGAACACCCGCAACGGAGUAGAAGAAGGUCGGCAUAACUUUUUACAGCGUUUUACAGCUGAAACCAGCAUGGACAUGGACAUGGACAAGCGGAAAAACGACUUCGUGAGGACCCACCGUCAUGGCUUUUAAUUCUACGAAUAUUUCACAAUAUCGUUACAGAUGUUUAAAAUGCAUCUCGGCAUCGCGCUGGCAUCUGUCGUCGUCGCGGUGUUUCCGCUGCUGCUGGACUGUAUCACAACAUGUCAGAUGGGGAAUCAAAAUGACUAUGCUGAGGGACAAUGCCCUGUAAAGCUGUCCCAGAAACCUCAGGGGACGGACCUUUGGUGUGUCACUGUCCAUGUUUGGAUGAAGGCUAAUGACUUCUCAAAGACCUCAAAGAUUACAAUUUCCUCACCAUCUGGGAACAUACGAAACAACAUGACAAAAAAAGAAAAAAAGUGUAAAAGUAAACACCAAUUCAGGUGUAACAGAGGUAUCAGACAGCAGCCACAUAAUAUCAGUUUUGACUUGUGGGAGUUUGUAUAUGAUUGUGUCGAAGCUGAAGCAGAAAGUAUCAUUUCUGUGUCCUACAGCACACCAUCAAAUCGCUGCAGUGUCAGUUGCACAGUACAAGACCCUGUACCAAACUUUGAUCUGUCUGUGGAUCGGUCGUCUAAAUCCAUCAAUGUAACUGUGGGGCCUGAAGAUAAAGUGUAUACCAGAUGGUGUUACCGAAAAAAUGCAGUGGAGUGCAUUGCUGGGUCAUCUUUAUCCCCGAUUCUUAUUGAUCCAUCUCAGUCUCGAUCAGCGGUUCUGAACAUCCCUUACCUGCUGCCCUGUGUGUGUGUACAGGUAUACUACACCCACGUAGAUGCCCGGCGAGAUAAAAAGUGUCCUUUUGAAAAGGAAAUGCUCACAGAUGUCCAAGAUGUGUGGCGCUCCUCUAAUCCCUUACUGUAUGAGUCAAGUUUGAAGUGGAGCUCAGUGUGUCCUGCCAGCGAUCUGAAGAUCUCUGCCUCCCUCUGCUGGAGGCAACAUGAACACCUCUGCACACCUAUACUCAACUCCACACUGGAAGAAAUGGAGGAUGUACCAAACCUGAUAUAUAACAUAUCUACAGUGGACAAACACCCUAACAUGUGUGUGCAGUUUUCUCUACAAGGCCAACAUAAUAUCUCUUGCCCCUUCCAGGCUGAUAUAUCUUCAUGGAAGGUGUACAUUGGGCUGGGCAAGCAGAGUGUUAUUGUAAAUAUCGCCUCUUCUGUCCCAGCAGUGUUCUCUGCUCAACUUUGUGUUGUUAACGAGAUGGGAUGUUCACCCUUAGGGCUGGUCCAUACUCUAAUAGUAAGCGGGAAUGUUACUGAGACAAGGAUAAAAGUGCCUCCUCAUUUUCUUGCUGAGAAGCCCUGUGUGCAGGUGUGGCAGUCAGAUCCUGCUCUUCAUGGAAAGCGAAUUCUGUGCCCAGACUACACGCACAAGAGAUGUGGCAUAUAUGUGGUGGCAGCUUUGGUACUUGUGGGUGUUAUUGCAUUAUUGGGAAUUUUCAUCCACCGUCUUACCAAAAGUGGAGCUGCAGGCUGGCUGUAUAUCUCAAAGCCAGUGCUACUGGUGUGCUCAUCAGAGCAGUCAGCCCAUGUCUCUGCUGUGUGUGCAUUAGCCUCAGUUCUACAGGGGGAGCUAAGUGCCACAGUGCAUAUGGCUCUGUGGGCCCAAAGCUCACAAAAACAGACCGGGGCCAGGACUGGAGUAGCAGAUCUGGGUCCGCUUCCUUGGCUGUACGGGCAGUGGGAAACUGUGCGUAAGGCACAAGGAAAAGUUCUAAUUAUUUGGAGUCCUGAGGCCAAGACGACCUAUGAGAAAUGGAAGGAGGAGAAGAUGAACGAGGAUAAGCCUGAUAGAAAGAAGGAAGGUGACGGCAAAGCAGAUUUGAGACAUGAGAAAACAAGAGUAGACGUGGAAGAGGAUUAUAAACUAAGUGAAAGAAGUCUGGGAAAAUGCAAAAAAGAGAAAGCCGGAGGAAGAAUAGAGUGUGUGAAAUUAUGUGAUGAUAAAGACUGGUGCCCACAGAAGGAAUCCUCUUCAGUCAUAGAACCAGUGUUUGCAGCUGCUCUGGCCUGCCUACAGGGGACGCUGCAGCAGUGCAAAGGUCAAGGAGUUGCCAUUGUGUAUUUUCAGGGCCUUGGCCACAGCAGGGAUAUCCCAAAAGCCCUCAGAGAUAUUCCUCGGUACUGCUUGCCACAGGAUUUCAGGGGUUUAAUACAGGAGCUGGGAGGGAUGACAAAAGGGACAAAAACGGAUAAAUUUAGGUGUCACUGUUGGCCCAGACUCCUCUCUAAAGUCCAGUCAAUAUGGCUGGCACAACAGCUUGCCCACAGACUACAAACACUGCUACCUCAGAUGCAAGGAAAGAAAAUGCCAGGGCCGAGCAUCACAUCAAGCAGGAAAAAGACAUCGGAUAAGACUGAGAGUAGGCUCAAGUUGCCACUGGCUGCCAACAUGGCAAGGCCAGAAACUGUACAAGAGCAAGAGCCUCUGUACAGGUCACCAUGGAGAGCAGAGAGGCUUUAAUCUCAAGUUUCUCAUGUCUUACCUGGACGGACUUUUGUUCUGCUGGAAACAUGAUAUGUACAUGAGAAACAGGAGCUGGGGUUCCAUUGUGAGGACCUUAGAACCAAUCACUCAAUAACAACUAUUCAUUACUGGACACCUUCGUGUCAAAAACACCACUGCUAGUUUUGCAUAUUAAGAAGAGGAAAAUACUCCAUCCUGUCUCAAGCAUUUCACACAUGACAGAAGCUCUUUAUGUUGCUUUUGUGACAUAGCGAACACCUGUCUUAUCUCUGUAAAUAUGCUAACCACUAUGAAAAUCUGGUUGCAAAUUUGACCUCACUUUCUAUAUGAAUGCAUUUAAUGUUUGACAGUGUUGUGACAGCACAGGUGACAAACUGUAUGUGGCUGCUGUUUUCAGCAACUCGCAAAUUUGCAUAGGAUUUUCUAAACAGAGACACUGAGCCAAAGCUGUCCCAGGAUUUCCGCUGUUAGUAGGGUGACCAGAUGUCCCGCAUUGUGCGGGACAGUCACGCAUUUCCAUUACUUUUCACACGUCCCGCAAAUUGAGACGUUGUCCCGCAAUGUUAUUGACAGUCAGACUCCAGUUUUGAAAUGCGUGUUUUAUGAUCUGGCAUUUAUCAAAUAGGGGGCGGGACGGGCUGUUUGAUCAUGUCAAUCAAACUGGGACGCGGGUCGCAGUCGCAAGUCAAGUCAAAACGGCAUGCAGCGUGAGACAUGGAUGGAAGCUGAAAGUGCAUUGUCUGUGUGGGCCCAGCCUACCUGCAAUUGUUGCUGUGAUAGAGAGAGCUGAAAGACUUUUGAUUGAGCAGAAUAGAAAUGUUUAUUUUUUUGGAAGUUCUUUUAGACUACCUUGAUGCAUUGGUAUCCCACAUUGUCCCACGCAAACGUAGUCUUUGUCCCACAUCUGGUGAAUUAGGAUCUGGUCACCCUAGCUGUUAGUGCAGAGUGCAACAGAUGAAAAGAUGAAAUGACUUGUGUGAUGAUGAAGUGUGCUCCGCUACGUGGUGUUUAAGUCAUGUGUUCAAGCUUUAUACAUCUUCAUCCUGAAAGACUGAACCAUUACAAGUCUACUGUUAUUUCCUUCAGUGGACUUUAUACAGUAAGAGAGUGUGCUUAUCUGCAGGCUUGUAAUUAAAUAUUUUCACACAUGCUACCUCCUACAUUCAAGGACAAAGUAUACAACAUUUUCUUUCCCCCUCAGGCAUACUGCACCUCUUCACUCAAGAAACAUUACUGAACAUUACAUGAAAAUUAUGUUUUACCUCGAAGACUCUGCAGCGUGCGCCAAAGAGAGAGAAAAAGAGAAAGCCAGUAUUAUUCAAAUAUCAUUAACGGUAAAUGUACUGCAUGGGGGUUACCUCAAAAUCUCAGAGCAUUAGAGAAAGAAAACUAUGACUGAGGUACUUUCCCAGUUCUUAUUUUAUUGCAGGAAUACCAUGACAUUCAACGGUAAACUUUAUGCAAAGCAACUUUAAACGGCUCAAGUUCAGAGCUCGCCUUACACACAAAUUUGAUUUCCUUUUGAAGAAAUUAAGCCUUGCUUAAUUGUCUCCAGAAUUUGUUUUUCCUGCUUCGCUGAACAGUGUUAAGCCUGCAUUAUAAUACAACAUUGCUUUAUACAUUAUUAUAUGGAAUAUAAUAAAAUUAUUUAAAAAGA